ACUUGUUAAAUAUAAUUGAGUUUACUGUUAUAUACGUCGUUACAGAUCUAAAUGCAUCACUUUAUUUUUUUUAUAUUGUUUUCAGUCCUACAGGACGGUGAAUUAUUGACCAAUUCGCAGACUGGGGUCACUGGAGAAUUUAUCUUGGACUUCAUUCUGGAACAAACAGGCGAAGACACCGUCAAUGAGAAAACGAAGCCACAUACAAUUACAAGGAAACCAGUAGGUGGGAAAGAGACAGAAAAAGUGCAGAAGACUAAGCAGGUAUCAUCCGACAACAGCAGAACCAGGACGAACGAUCACGACAGCUUGACAUACGAUCCUUGUUCCAGCAAGCCAGUGGAUACAAAGAAAAAAAAUGAAAAGGUAUUUAUGCUUUGA